AUGUUGCCUCGAUCACAACCAUCGGGUGCUCAAAAUAGGGAAAGAAAGAAAAGGCAAGAAGAAAUUGCUCAAUCUUUGCAAGGAUCUUUAAAUAAGUUUAUUGUUAGACAACCAAAUGUUUCUCAAAAUACUAGUGAUAAAAAUGAAAAUGUGUGUGAUGCAAAUGCUUGUGAUACAAAUGCUUGUGAUGCAAAUGCUUGUGAUACAAAUGCUUGUGAUACAAAUUCUUUUGAUGCAAAUUCUUGUGAUACAAAUGCUUUUGAUGCAAAUGCUUGUGGUACAAAUGCGUGUGAUGCAAAUGCUUGUGAUACAAAUACGUAUGAUGCAAAUGCUUUUGAUACAAAUGCUUUUGAUGCUUCUAGUGAUGUUUGUUUGAAUAUAUUUGAUCCAAGAAUUUGGGAUAUGCUAAAUUCUAAAAUGAAGUAUUUGCUUGUUGAAAAAGGGCCUAUUAGGGAAACUAACAUCAAUUUCCCUAGAGAUAAUAUAGGUAGACACUUCUCUGAUGAAUUUUAUGUUCGUAAGUUACGCAAUGGUGAUUGUCAUGAUAGAAAGUGGUUAGUUUAUUCAAAAGAGCUAGAUAAAGUCUUUUGUUUUUGUUGCAAACUUUUCAAAGAAGGCCGGUCAAAAAGCCAAUUAGCAAGUGUUGGAUUAAGUGAUUGGAAACAUCUUGGUCAACRAUUAAGCGCUCAUGAAAAUAGCAUUGAGCAUAUGACUAGCUUGGGAAUUUGGUUCGAAUUGCGAUUGAGAUUGAGUAAAAAUGAAACGCUUGAUAAAGAGCUACAAGUUUUAAUAAAAAAGGAUACUGAUCACUGGAAAGAAGUUUUGGUUGGAAUUAUUGUUGUUGUUAAAUGUCUAGCAAAGAAUAAUAUAGCUUUCCAUGGGAAAAAUGAAAAUUUAUUUGAAGAAUCUAAUGGUAACUUCUUGGGCUUAAUUGAAAUGAUUGCUGAUGCAAUCAUUAAAGAGAUCAAAGAGGCAAAAUAUUUUUUAGUUAUUCUUGAUUGUACUCCGGAUGCAAGUCAUCAAGAACAAAUGACUUUGAUUUUAAGAUGUGUUGACAUGUCUAGCUCUCCUAUACAAGUAGAAGAGUUCUUUUUAGAGUUUUUGGUGGUAGAAAAUACAUCUGGUUUAGGACUUUUUAAUGUAUUACAAGAUGUUUUGAAAUCACUUGAUUUGGAUAUCAAUUAUGUGCGGGGACAAGGGUAUGACAAUGGCUCUAAUAUGAAAGGGAAACAUCAAGCUAUCAAAACUCAAGUUGGCCAAAUUAGAGAUGCUUUAGUACAAUUGGCUCAAGUAAGUGAGGAUGGAAGAGUGUGUAGGGAAGCCGAGUCUUUGGUUAAUGGUGAGCUUUCAAGUUUUGAGUUUAUUGGAUUAGUUGAAUAUUUUGAAAAAUAUAGGGAAAGUGGGUUUACAUGUGCCAUUCGUGAAGCCAAAGAGAUUGCAAGUAAUAUUGGAAUUGAACCUGAGUUUGCUGAUACUAUUGAACGUACCGGUGACCGUAGCAUCUGCGGAAAGAAGCUUUUCAAAGUUAAAGUUGUUGAAAUCAUAUCUACGGUCUACCAUGAGUCAAGAAAGAUUGAACGGGUUAGCAAUCUUGAGUAUUGA